GCCAAGCGUUGGCGGGUGCUUACGGGGAACAGGGGACUGGGCAGGCGUCAGGCUAGUCCGACGGAGACUGGGUAGGUAGGAGCCCUCCGGAGGGCGGCUGAGGCGCGGGAGCCGUCUCUGUCGGCCCCGCCGGCGGCGCAUGCGCGGGGCGGGCGCCGCGGACUUGGCUGCCGGUCGGCCUCGGCCCCGGGUGUCGAAGGCCUCCGGGCGGCGCCGCGUAGGGUCUCGGCCGCAGAGCGUGGCUGCUAGGCCCGGGCGGGACCUCGAAAGCGUGUCCUGUGCCCUCUUCGUGCGCCCGGCGCGUGGUGAGCGCUGAGUAGCGGAGGUUGAAAAAAAUGGAAAGCCGCCCAAGUGCUCAACGGUGUGAUCAGCACUGGAAAAGAUGCCGGCCCCUGCCGCCACAUAUGAAAGAGUAGUCUACAGAAACCCUUCCGAGCACCACUACGUGAAAGUCUGCCUAGAAUUUCAAGAUUGUGGAGUUGGGCUGAAUGCUGCGCAGUUCAAACAGCUGCUUAUUUCAGCCUUGAAGGACCUGUUUGGGGAGGUUGAUGCCGCCUUGCCUUUGGACAUCCUACGCUAUGAAGAGAAGACCUUGUCAGCCAUCUUGAGAAUAUGUAGCAGUGGUCUUGUCAAAUUGUGGAGCUCUUUGACCUUGUUAGGAUCCUAUAAAGGCAAAAAAUGUGCUUUCCGGGUGAUUCAGGUUUCUCCAUUUCUCCUGGCAUUAUCUGGUAAUAGUAGGGAACUAGUAUUGGAUUGAAGGAAUAGUCUUCUAUUUUGGAAACAUUCCUCCACUCUCAGAUUUAUUUUUUUGGUGCCUGCAUGUUUGAAGACUGAAGCAGGCUAAAAGCUCUUGAUGAAAUUUGAGGGUGCUGAAGAUGUUCCCACUAAUUUCCAGCCAUCACCUUUGGUGGAGUGGGCUUCGGAGGAGAGUCUGCCUGAACCUCCCAGUGCUGACCGUGCAGCACUUACAGCAUAUGCACAUCAGAGUUGGAGACCGUGCUGAACUUAGGAGGGCCUUCACACAGACGGAUGUGGCUACCUUCUCAGAGUUAACAGGGGAUGUCAAUCCUUUGCAUCUAAAUGAAGACUUUGCAAAACACACCAAGUUUGGAAAUACAAUUGUACAUGGAGUUUUGAUCAAUGGACUUAUCUCAGCUCUCCUGGGAACUAAAAUGCCAGGGCCAGGCUGUGUAUUUCUUUCCCAGGAAAUUAGCUUUCCAGCCCCUUUAUAUAUUGGAGAAGUUGUUUUAGCUUCUGCAGAAGUGAAAAAGCUAAAACGGUUCAUUGCUAUUAUUGCAGUGUCAUGUUCAGUAGUAGAAAGUAAAAAGACUGUUAUGGAA